GAUAUCAAGAGGGAAGGCUGUCAAUUUUCAACUAAUGUUUUGUAGUCAAAUCAACACAACGCAAGGCAUAACUAUUCAUCCAACAAAAGAAAAAUUAUAUCAUUAGCAAUGUUGAUAGUAUGAUCUAUGAUGAUAAAAUUUUAGUUUACCCAGCCUCAGCAACUCAAUAAGUAUACACCCACAUACUCCAAUAUAUAAUCUGCUGGAGGAGAAGUUUGAUUAGAAUCAGAAUCCCCGCCACUUCUCCUACCACUGUUAAAAGAAAAACUGAUCCAAAUUUCUUUCCUUUGCUCUGUCUUUUGACCAAUUUCAUCAUAAUCAACAGGCGUCCUGUAUCUGCAAACAGGACACGACCCAUGAAUCCCAACCCACUUCUCCAUACACUUAGCAUGAAACCUAUACUUACAUGGCAUCUCUUUCACCAUCUCUCCAAUCACAUGCUCUUCUAAACACACUACACACUCACCUACUUCCUCUUCUUUUUCAUCUUCACUUUCAACGAUUUUGAAACUCCUCAAGGCCUCCACAGACGCCUUCGAAGCCAAAUUCCUCAAUAAAGGAUCCAAGUUCGACGUUCCUUCAAUCACGACCUUACGAGAAAAUGGAAGAAUGAGACCCCUAUUUUGCGCACAACCUGUUUGAUGAAAUUCCUAAAGAACAAUACUUUCUCCCUGUUCAAGUAGUUGACAACAAUUGCUUCAGCUGAAUGCAAUUGAAUCACUUCAUCUUCUGCUGCAUAAUUAUAAAAUUUGACAAUGGCUUUCAUGAAACCUUCUGCACUAUUGUUUAAUACUUGUGAUUUCUUUGGAGCCCAUUCAACAGCGCUCAACUUCUUGCCCCGUCGAAGUAGAAGUUUCACCAUUAAGCCAUUAGUGGUUGAAGCGAGGUCAAAUGCGAGAAAGGAAACUGCAAAAACCCGAAACAGGAGGAUACAAAAGAAGUUUAAUGGCACAUCUACAAAGCCUAGGCUUUCAGUAUUCUGCUCAGAUAAGCAGCUAUAUGCUAUGCUGGUAGAUGACCAAAACAAGAAGUGUUUGUUUUAUGGAAGCACUCUGCAGAAAUCUAUUCGGAGAAAUCCACCCUGUACAACAGUUGAAGCUGCUGAAUGUGUUGGUGAAGAGCUUAUCCAGACAUGUAUUGAUCUUAACAUUAAUGAAGUCUCAUCCUAUGAUCGCAAUGGUUGUGCUCGCGGGGCAAGAAUGCAAGCCUUUGAGAUUGCAAUAUCUCGUCAUGGGUUUUUGCCACAAUGAAAUAGAUCUGUAUCUAAUUUUUUUUUUUAAUUCUUGAGACUGCAAUAUUUCUUGUGAUGUAGAAACUGGGUUACAUUUUGGCAUAAUUUGCAAACUGUGGUGCAUUAGUACUAGUCUUCAUCAAAUUCCUGUCUAUGAAAGAGUUCCUCUGCCUGUGAUUUGCCCAA